AUGGUGAAUACUAGUUCAUCUGCAGAUCUGGAAAUUGGAGCUGGAGUUGUGCCUACUGUGAUCUCUACUCUUACUCAAGGAAUUUCAUCUGUUUCGACCUAUUUCUCAAAACUAAGAGAACUAUGCCCUGAGUUUGAUGCGUUAAUGUCAUGUCCUGGAUGUAAUUGUGCUAAAUCUAAGAAAUAUGUGGAACACUUCGAGUAUCAACAUCUUCUUCAAUUUCUUAUUGGUCUCAAUGAGUCUUACUCACAGUCCAUUAAUCAUAUCAUGAUGAUGCGUCCUACACCUUCAAUUAAUAAGGCAUACGCUAUGAUCAUCUCUGAGGAAAGUCGAAGAUCUCUGAGUUCGUCUUCUUACAGUUCCGAAAUUGCUGAAGGGACAACUUUGUUUAGUGGCAAAGGCAACUCUAACAUACGCACUAACUAUCAGGGAAACAUAGGCCCAUUUUAG